AUGUCGAUUGCGGUGGUGACACUACUAUACUCGCAAGACUACGUGCCAGGUGCGUUGACGCUGGGAUUCCAGCUUCAAAAAGAAGCAAAAGCUCAAGACCAUGACCUCGAGUACACCACCUGCAUCAUGGUGUGCAAGCAGCUGCUCGAGAACGAGGACGCUUCUAUGGACGUGGAACUUCUGCGUUCGCUUUACGAUCAAGUGAUCCCGGUCGAUAGCUCCCUGCACGUCACGGAAACGCAGCUUCAGCUCAAUAGGCCGAAUCUGGAACUGCUGGACAGACCAGAACUGGCAUACACGUUCUUGAAGCUCGAGCUGUGGCGACUUACGCAGUUUGCCAAAAUAGUGUACGUCGAUUGCGACUGUCUGCUGAUAGACAGCAACAGCAGUGACAUCAAGGAUGAUAAUAAUGGGAACGCGUUUUUGAAAGGCAUAUUGGCUGCGACGAAGGACCAGCGUAGCCAUGAGAUCGCCGCGAGUCCCGAUUGCGGGUGGCCAGAUCUUUUCAACAGCGGCGUUUUCACGCUUGUACCAGACCAGGAGGUUUACGACCGGCUCGUGCGGUUUGUCGUGGCCACGGAAUCCAUCGACGGCGCAGACCAGGGACUGCUGAACCAGUUUUUCAACCCUGUUUGCCACGGCGGCCAGGACGCAGCAAUUGCGCACUGGAUCCGGUUGCCGUUCGUUUAUAACGUGACGGUGCCCAACGCGGGUUACCAGAACGCGCCUGCAGCCAAAUAUUUCCGCGACGAAACCAAGCUGGUGCAUUUCAUUGGGAAAGACAAGCCGUGGGUGACCAGGGGCCACGACUCCGAAGAUGACGAGUUCCGGGACCAGUGGUGGCGUCUGUAUAUGCAGUUUCUGCAAUCACAUCCGCAAACUCGCGAUUGCGAAGUCGAGACAGAACCGGAAGACGAAACGGGAACUCCAGUUGUGGAGGAAAUGUUUCUGCCCCCGCAGUGGGACGCGACCAAAGAGCCUCCGCCUCGAGAUGCGCGUCCCGAGGCCGAAAUGCUGAAGCUGGAGCUCCGGUUCGAGUGGAACCUGGGUCCGCAACUGCUCGAGGACGAAUUGCCAAAACUGCAGUUGGGUCCAAAACCCGUUUUUCCUUGGGAGACCUACACAUCCAAGAGUCUGCCGCAGAGAGUAUUUCCAGAAUGA